UCAUUGAAACUAUUCGAGUUGUUUUUUGCUUUUGGUUUCAUUCAUUAAUGAUAGAGUCAUAGGUGGGAUCCGUACGGUUAGCGUCGGCAUUGGUGAGAUUUAAUGCGGUUUCAGGUCUGGGAGCUUUACAGUAGUAUAAAUGUGACAAGUGAUGGUUUAUGUGCUAUGGGUUUUAACGGUUUUUACUGUUCUCGAUUUUUGAGUUUUUUUGAGCUUAAUACAAAUAUUCUUUUUUGGUUUUUCUGGGUUCUUUGCAUGAUCAACUACUGUAAAACUUGUUUCCUCCCCUUGUGUAAACUAAGGAUUGAAGCUUGUAGAAUCUCAGUUCGAAAUGAAGUCCUGAUGUUUUCCUGGUUUGUUUAGCAAUACAGAGAAAUGGGUGCACUUUCAAUAACCCUUCUCUCUCUCUUCAAGAUUUAGCUGAUUCAGAUUCGCUGAUUUUUAACUACUGAGAAUUUUAGUCGGUUAACUUGGUUUUAGAGAUUGCUUAACAUGCGAGAGCUUUGUGAGCAGAACUAAAUAAUCUGUGGUUCUUGUAAAUUUUUAAGUUCCAUGAGAAUCUGUUUAGAGCUGCAUACAUGUCUUUGAGGUUGCUUUGAAUCUUGUUUUCUACUUUGAAAAUAAGGGUUUCCUUUUUCGCAGAAAUGUCAGGCCUAGAAGGAAUUGGGGCUAAUUAUGAACUCAGAGAGAGAAGAUCUGAUUUCGAUAACUCUGAAGAUGAUAGACGACGAUCCAAAAUUGGCACUCUUAAGAAAAAGGCUUUAAAUGCCUCAAAUAAGUUCACUUAUUCUCUUAAGAAAAGAGGGAAAAGAAAAAUUGAUUAUAGAGUUUCCUCAGUUUCCAUUGAGGAUGUCAGGGAUGAAAAAGAGGAGAGUGCUGUAUUGGAAUUGCGCCAAAAGCUUCAUGAAAGGAAUUUAUUGCCUUCUAGGCAUGAUGACUAUCAUACCUUGUUAAGAUUUUUGAAAGCUAGAGAGUUUAAUAUUGAAAAAACAAUCCAGAUGUGGGAAGAAAUGCUUAAUUGGAGGAAAGAGUAUGGAACAGACACCAUCUUGGAGGAUUUUGAGUUUGAAGAGCUGGAAGAAGUCUUGCAAUAUUACCCUCAGGGUUACCAUGGAGUUGACAAGGAAGGCAGGCCAGUUUACAUUGAAAGGCUUGGAAAGGCUCAUCCGAGUAGGUUGAUGCAAAUCAGUACUAUAGAUCGGUAUUUGAAAUACCAUGUCCAAGAGUUCGAGAGGGCACUACUGGAGAAAUUCCCGGCGUGUUCUAUUGCUGCAAGGAAGCAGAUAUGUUCAACUACAACAGUAUUGGAUGUACAGGGUUUGGGCAUUAAGAAUUUCACUCGGACUGCGGCAAAUCUCUUGGCUGCAAUGACAAAGAUAGAUAACAGUUACUACCCUGAGACAUUGCAUUGGAUGUAUAUUGUCAAUGCUGGUCCUGGCUUUAAGAAGAUGCUCUGGCCUGCAGCUCAGAAAUUUCUAGAUGCAAAGACUAUUGCAAAGAUACAGGUUUUGGAGCCCAAGUCCCUGCCUAAGCUACUGGAAGUUAUUGACUCAAGUCAAUUGCCAGACUUCUUGGGUGGUUCUUGCACAUGUUCUGCUGAAGGAGGGUGUUUGCGCUCAAAUAAAGGUCCCUGGAAUGAUCCUGAUGUGAUGAAGCUUGUACAUAAUGCGGAAGCAGCAUUUGUGAGGCAAAUCACCAGAGUGUCUAGUAACCAACAGAAAUUUGACUCAUAUAUUCAAAUGCCCCUGCAGAAGGGGAGUAGUGAAACUUCAGCAGCUGAAUCAGGGUCUGAAAUUGAUGAUCCUUCUCUAAUUAAUCGGAGUUCUAUGUUUCCACAUUUGGCCCCUGUUCAUGAGGAGGUCAGAGCAUCAGAUCCAAAUACCUAUUACAGUUGUGAUGAAAAUUUUCCUCGGGUUGAGAAGGCUGUUCAAAGCAACCUGCGAGUGGGACAUUCUGAAGAUCAAUCACUUAAAAGCAAUGACUUGGGCGACUUGCAUAGUGAACUGCUACCAAAUGUGGAAGGAGGUCUCAUCAGCCAUUGGUUGGACAUAGUCAAGGAAAAGAUUGGGAAAAGGCAUAAUCUGUGUGUGGCUAGAAUGCUGAUGUCAUUUGUGGUCAAACUAGUAGCAUUUUUCCGUAGUUUACCACUUGAAUUUUGGAGAAGGCAGAACAAUAUUCAUCCAUCUAAUCUUGUGGAACAUAAUGCUGAUAGUCAUUCAACAGCUGUUGAAACUGUGAGUGAAAACUGUGUCCGCCCAUGUAUGGAGCGUCUUCAGAGCCUGGAAAAAGUAGUUGAGGAACUUAGCAACAAACCUGCUGCAAUCCCAUUGGAAAAAGAGCAAAUGCUUAUGGAAUCGCUGGAGAGGAUCAAGUCUGUGGAGUUUGACCUUGAGAAAACAAAGAGGGUAUUACAUGCUACAGUUGUAAAGCAACUUGAGAUUUCUAACUCACUCGACAAUUUACGGGAGUCUAGAUGUCAUAAGAUUAUUCUGUUGAGGACCUGAAGUUUAAUAGUGGGACUAGCUAGAAAUUGGUGAAAUUGGGGAUAAGAGGAGAUUGAUUUGCAGAGACAGGAACCAAGAGGGCAUCAAUGGCAACUACAACAUACUUUCUAAGAAGCAUGGGCAUCAAUUCCAAGACGCUCAGUAAUUUUAGAGCAACUUGAGGCAUAAAGCCACCCCUUCCCUCUUCCCCCUUUUUUAUUAAUCCAUUUUCCUUUGGCCUUUCAAUCUCCCAUUACAAUGGGUACUUACACAAGUUACAGUUUAGCUGAGCAGUUAGCUCUGAUCUUAGCUUCGGAACAGUGUAAAGAAUAGAACUGAGUAAAUGAAAUGUGUUAUAACCAAA